AUUGUUAUAGUAUUCUAGACCUUGCUCUAGUUUCUCCUUUUUUUUUUUCUCCAAACUUUCACUUGGCUUAAACGUGCAAAUUUUCUGAGUAGUAGCAACAGGAGAAUCAGUGGUCAAUAGCCAAAAGCCCUGAAGUAUUAACAUUCAAUCAGAAAGAAGCUUUUGGUGGUGCUGAUUGACUCUUAUAAGGCUUCUUUGCCUCUUUCUGGAUUCAACUUUAUUGUUGAACCUUGAUCAAGAUAAUGGAAGUUCAAGUUGGAGCAGUAUCAAACAGAAGCUGUAACGAUUGCCACACAACCACCACACCUCUAUGGAGGGCUGGUCCAGAUGGCCCUAGGUCUCUUUGCAAUGCAUGUGGGCUAAGGUACAGGAAGAGGAGGAAAGCCCUGGAUAAAGGGGGAGCAAAGAAAAGCAGGAAGAGGAAUAAUAGAGCAACAAGUGAGCAUGAUGAUGAAGUGGAUUUUGGUUGCAAUUUGGAGCCUUAUACAUUACAUGGAAGAAGUCAAUUCAAGUUAAAGGAAGAAGAAGAGGCUGCUAUAUUGUUGAUGGCCCUUUCUUGUGCUUAUUAGAAUAACUUCACACAAUUACUCAUAUCAAUGGUUGUAAAGCACAAAAUGCCAAACGUUUCUUCAUUUGUGUUAAUUUCUUUUGCAUACACUGUUAUCAAUUUUCAUUGCAGACAAAAUAAUAUCAAUCGCUUUGUUCUGGGCACUGAGUUGCCCACCGAUCCCAAAUUCAUGUAUCGUAUGGACUAGAUACUAGUAAAUCUUGCCCCUCCCACAGGGUUUAAUUGUAAAAAUUCUUUGCUUCAAAACUUAUGCUUGUCAAAUCAAA